AUGGACAUGGACAUUGGUGAUAGAUAUAUUAGCAUUUCACAACCAAAGGAAGGAGACCAAGACUUUGGAGAUGGAGACCAACCCAAGGAAACGGACAUGAACAUUGGUGAUAGAGAUAAAUACACUAGUGACAUGGGCCAAGCUAAAGAAUAUGAUAACAUUAUACAAUCACUGAAUUCAUCGAUCAGGAAACGAAGGGCUUCAAGAUUUCUAAAGUUACCGGUUCCUAAAGGUUGUCAAAAGCACUAA